CUCCCUAGGGCGGGUCAAGGGAGUGAGGUGUUUGUCUGUAUAAAACAGGUCCUGGGUGCUUCUUCCCUUUGACAAGUUUCGCUUCAACCCAUUGGCUGCUUCUACUCCGUUCUGAGUAGGUAGGAGCAAUGCAGGGCCCGGGACAGAGCGCUCCCAUCGUGACGCCGUGGUGGACGGUACCUGCGAACUUUGAGGACCCAGUGAACCUUCUCGUUGAAGAUGAAGAAGUGGAGCAAAUAUUCGGCCAAGAUGACAAGUACCUCCGGUGCAUCGAGGAGCACAGUAACACCCUCAUUCAACUGGACAGGUACUUUCUGGCCUGCAGCUACACUCGCAUCAUCAUCACCGGACCUGUUAGGGCACAACGAUGGCUGAUGUACAUGAUGAGUUGCCUCAGGAUCGACCAUCCUGACCUUCAGGCCGAAGGCCUUCAGAUGCUGCAGCAUGUGCGCAGUGAACCGCUGACCAAGGAGGACAUUCGUAAGAUCGAGGCGGAGCACCAGACCUCUCCCGAAGGCCGUGAGCACGAGUGGGACCACUUCCCUUGAGGAUCUUGUGGCUUCGCCUUUCCAGGUGCUCGUUGUUCCUGGGUCUAUGGAAUUUCAAGCUAUCCAAUAUAAAGGACUGAUCAUCCUUGCAAAGCUGAGAUGAGAGGGGACAUCUCGGCCUUGCCCUUGGUGAAGAUGUUUGUGUCUCUAGACCAGGGGGCCUGGUCUGCCGCUGUUAUACCCUGAGUUAGCCAAUAAAGCAGCCGUGUC